AUGCGCGCAUCAAUAGCUACUGGCCUCCUGGCCGUCGCUUCUGCCAAUGCAUUCUCCGACUCGUCGCCCUUUUUGCUAUUCUCUACCUCUGAAUUUACGAAACCGGAUGACGUCCAACUCCAAAGCACUGCGCGCGUACUUGCCUCUGCGAGAGACAUCCUCAGCACAUGCCCGACCAGUCGCUACCUGCUUGUGUCGCAGCCUACCGUUCAUGCGAGCGACCUGACGGGUCCUAGCGGCUGCCAGUCGCCCAGCCUCUGCCGAGCGCUCGAGGGCAAGGACGUCAAGGGCCGGUUCAGCGUGGCGGAGAUUCUAGGUGGAGAUCUGGCCUUUGGCGACUUCUCCAAGCAUAUCAAGGAUUCGUGCCAGUCCAAGGGACGUGUGGCCAAGAUCGAGGAGCGACUGCUCCCUGCCCUGCCAUCAGAGCAGCCCAGACGGGCAGAGGUGCUGGCGGAGAACGACCUUGAGUUGGCCAGCUUCUUCGACACUACCCAGGCCGACGGAGAUUACACCGUCGUCUACUUCUCCAACCCCCAUGAGGCCAAGUCGUAUGAGGCCGAGUUUGCCGAUGGGCGCCGCGUUGAGCUGAAGCGCAAUGUUGGCACCUUUAUGGAGAGCAGGCAGCAGAAGGGCAAUCAGACGGACCCCAGGCCUCUGUUUGAGAAGUACCAAUUCUUCACCCCUGGAAUCUUUAUGGGCCUGUUGGCUUUCCUCCUCAUCCUCACCAUCAUGUACGUCGGCCUCUCGGCACUAGGAAGCCUUCAGAUUCCGUAUGGGGCUUUUGAGAAGGACAUGGGACCCGCUGCGCAGAAGAAGCAACAGUAA